CGCCGACCAAUGAGGGAGGCUGAUGCUCCCGGUGAGAGCGCAGCGACGAAGCCCACUUUACUUCUCGGGCAGCUUGGUUAAACUGUGCCGCGGCGGAGAUAAACGGGUGUUUGGAUGUUUUUAAACAGAUCCAGCAUUUCUUUAGCGGUUUCUAGAAGCGACUGGAGUCCUUCGCCAGCACGGCUAUUGCCUGCGGUUGGUGCCCAGUCAGCGAAGCAGGAGCCAUGCCCGUCCCCGCUGGAUACCUCAGCGACUUCCCUGCGGCCUUCACAUCCUCGGCCUCGCUUAUCCCGCCGCCGCCGAUAAACACCCAGCAGCCGGGCGUCGUUACCUCGCUCCUGUACAGCGGCUCCAAAUUCAGGGGCCACCAGAAAAGCAAGGGAAACUCUUAUGACGUGGAGGUCGUGUUACAGCACGUGACCAUGGAGGAUUCCUACCUGUGCGGCUACCUGAAGAUAAAGGGAUUGACAGAAGAAUACCCAACACUGACCACCUUCUUUGCUGGAGAGAUCAUCAGCAGGAAGCGUCCGUUUCUCACCAGGAAGUGGGACGCAGAUGAAGACGUGGAUCGUAAGCACUGGGGGAAGUUCCAGGCCUUCUACCAGUACGCAAAGACCUUCAACUCUGAUGAGUUCGACUACGAGGAUCGUUUCGGCCCGGUAGCGCUGGUCCGGUUCUGCUGUGGUCAGAACCUGUUCUCCUGUUUCUGGCAUCUUGGUCACAGACUCGUUUCAUGCAUUGUUCUGGUUCUGCUGUCCAGGUACCAGUCCCUGAACCUGACCCAUGUUUCUGAGCACAGCGCCGCCAUCUACGAGUUCCGGUGAUGCCGCACGCUUCCAGGCGCUUCCUGUUGGACGGGCAGAGGGUCCAAAGCUGCUGAGAGGACAGAGGACAGACGCUCCCACUUCCUGAACGGCUCAGUGAAUGUACGGAGGAGCCUGGACAGACCGGACUGGACCGGGUCCUGUAGAGUUCCCCUUCCCUUCGUUUGUUUCACUGCCUGGUUUAAAUGCUUGGCUCAGCUUACCGAGACACGGACCGGAUCGGKUCCGGCUCUCAGAACCGUACUGAUUUCAGAACCAGUCCGGUUCCUUCCAGAACCAGCAGCUUGCACACACUGAGCGGGUGAGGAGUCGGGUCCGGUGUUGGACCGGAACCAGCAGGAGCGAGCGGUGCAUUCAAGGRACAGUACAACCUGGGAGAUUCCAGCUUUGCUUUGUUUUGGUCGUGCUGCUUUCUGGGACAAACUGUUGUGGAGUUCCUUCUGUUCUCCAUCUCUGUGUUACCAUGACGCCCACAAUGAGGGUUUUAGACAGAGGUCAGAGGUCAAGUUUUAACAGUGAAUCUUUGAGCCAAAAUAAUCCUAUAAAGUAUUAAAGGAGGGAAUUUAUCCGUCGGCAUCAUCAGAUGAUGCACCCCACAGCUAUGCAACUCUAGAGAAAGCAAAUGUUAGAGGUUUCACACUUUAUUCCUAUAAUAUAUAAACAGAUUUAUCUUCAUUAAAGAGACUAUUUUUGUUAAAUCGCCUGCCCCCCAUCAUGUUUCUCUACCAUGCCAUGGUUCCACAGCGCCACCUACCUGAGGGUGUUUGUGAAUGAAGGUUGGAGUGAGUGUAAAGAGUGAYUAUUGGAAUCAAAGAAACAUUUAAAACCUG